UCUCCUACAGCAAGGUUCUCUAAAAACUCGCAAAAAUGCUGAAGCUGGACACCAAAGGAGGCAUUAUCUGCACUGGCAUCUUGUCCAUAGCUUUUGCCAUUACCUAUUUGGCUUUUAUGGACGACUAUUUCUGGAGAAGUAGGCACUAUCCCUAUGUUUCGAAGAAAGGUUCACUGUACGAUCUUGGGAUACACAUUUCUGCUUUGCAAAUUUUUGGCAGCUUGUCCUUACUUAUUGGUGCUUUUAAGCAAAAUUACAAAUUCUUUGUGCCAUGGAUGAUUACCACAGGAUUCUUCUUCUAUCUAAUGCUUUACUUGACCAUUCAUCUGCUGACCACGAAUCUACGCUCCUGGAUCUUUAUUCCAGCGAUGGUGUUCCCAUUUACAGUUUAUCUGAGUUGCGCCUUUUACUCCGUGCAAAAGGAAUUCAACAGGAUGCGCAAGGACGAGCCGCCAGUAUAUAGCAUUUUGCCCGACAAAAAGAAUUAUAUUAGUCAUUUUUAAGUAUAUAAUAUAAAGUUCCUAUAAGUCUUGCCAAAAUAAAUAUGAAUAAAAAACCACUAA